ACUUAAUUCAGGACUCCAAUGAGAAGUUCUUGGGGGAAAUAAUAAUGCAUGGGAUCCGCUUCUGUAUUAAUUUGGGGAACUAACAAUACAAUACGAGCAUGCUACUGCUGGUGUUUAUUCUAGUCGUAAAGGGAAACGAGGCUUACAACAUGUUCGAAGUAUUUUUUGAGUCACAUUCUUGUGAUACACCUCCUCACCACCUGAAUCCUUUGAACUCGGAAGUGAUUGUUGCGUCAUAUGAAGGAGGACCAAUCAGGUGUGACUAUGUAGCGUUUUCUACUUUCAAUGACCCUGACCUUGUGACGUAUGAGCUCAUGGUCAAUCCGUUGUAUCACGAAGAUCCAGACUGUGCUAUAUCAUUACUAUAUCGGUCGACGCUUACCUCAAAAGAGCUAAAAAGGUUCAACUGCUCUGCUCUUGCUGAGGAUCGAUACAAUCUCAAGAUGACAAAGAACUCUACAUUCUACCUUCAGAUUAUUCCCACCAAUUCCAAUCUGGAGAAGGCGCGAUUUAAAUUGAAACUUAUACCUACUGGAGCAACCUUCAGCACUGAAGACUUGAUAGCAAUCAUCUCAGGGGGAUCCAUUGGGCUCGUAGUGCUUUUAAGUUUGGUUGGAUUUGGAAUUUGCUUGUUUCGAAAAAAGAGAAAGGAUAAAAAAUAAAUAGUUUUCAGUGCCACGAACAUUGUCAUCAUGGUUGAAUAUUUGUUUUGUUUUAAAUUUCUUACUUGUAAUAUAAUUAUUUCAGUUAAAUUUGCAUUUACCAAGAUGAUGAAUAUUAAAAUGUAAUUUCAUUAAUUUUAUUUUAUCGUAAUUUCAUUUGUUUUAUCGGAAUUUAUUGAUUAAAUUUUCUAAUUUUUAGUAAAUAUCACAUGACACAUUAAUAAUGAAUAAAGGA